AUGCGCGCCGUGGCCCUGUGCCUGGCUGGCCUGCUUGUUCGCUCUCAGAGCACCGAGGACGCUGCGCUUCCCGAGGAUGACGAGUGCAGCUCUGGCCAGUGUGCCGUGGACUUGCUUCAGAAGUUCCAGAAAGCGGAGUACGGCGAGGAGUGGGUUCAACUGAUCGAAGGCAGCACCUGCCCCAGUGGUGGCUCGAUCCCCUGCGAGAUGAGGGGCUCCUGGCGACACUUCAGGUUUCCCGCCGGCGUUUUCGCGGUUCCGCGGCAAGUCUCCGUCCCCGAGAAUACCGUGAUCGAGGGCGUCGCGAAUCCCAACAGCAACGACCCGAGGACGAAACCCAACUAUCGCAGUCAGACCGUCUUUGUCGCAAACAGUGGGGUGUCUCUGUUGCAAUUUGAUGAUGAUGGUCGUGGUUUCGGUCAUUUUCGUGUUUAUGGUUAUGGUUGUGCCUGCGGCUGUAGUUUUUCUGGGUUAGUCCUGCUUUAG